AUGGGACGGUGGCCUGCGACAACGUACGGUAACCCAGGUCAGACCAGGCCACGGAGGAACUCCAGGUUUCCCAAUGCAGCCGCUUCCGCCUCACCGGGGCAGACAAACGCACACUCCGGGGGCGGCGCGCACCAGGCGCAUGCGCCGCAAGCUGUGACCUGGGGAGGACCCAGUCCUCGCACUCCCGGGCCGACGCGGCCAGUACACGCCGGGCGGAAAGGCGCCAGUGAGACCCGCGGCCCGGACGCACGCCAGCACCACGGCGGCCCCCGCAGCUCUCGGACACAGUGCGCACUCGCCCGGUGCAAUCACGUGAUGAUCCGCAAGCCCCGACGCCCAGGACCACGGACACCCGCGCCCUUCACCCUGAAGCUCGACCGGCCGGGCGCCCACCGCGGCGUCUGUGUACACGCACCGCGUCAGCACCCGAAUCCCCGCCGCGGCUCCGACGCAGGCCCCGAGCGACCGAACCAGAAGGGCGGGAUGUCCCAGCACUCCAUAUCCCGAACCCUUUCCUCAUCUGGCCUUACCGUGAUCCACCCGACUAGCCCCAAAAGUGGUUUCUCUUUUCCCCGGGUGCCAUUGCCCCCUCCCCAGGCCCUUUUCUCCACAGGGGACUUCUACACCCACCAUUCUUCCUCCAGAGGCCUCUGUCUUACCCCUGAGGCCUCUGUCUUUCCCCUGGGGUCACUAGUCCAGCGGCAGACAUCACUGCUUAUAGUGAAACCUUCAGCCUAAG